CGGCCUCUUGAAGUGUGGAGGCUGUUUUUAGAUCUGUCGGAGGCCAAACAAAAGCAUCUCGAGAGCAGGAUGUUUAUUUACCUGAGCAAAAAGAUUGCAAUUCCUGGUAAUGUGAGAUUAAGAUGCAUUUCGUGGAGCAAAGACCAGGGUUUUAUAGCCUGUGGUGGUGAAGAUGGUUUACUCAAAGUUUUACAGUUAGAGACAAAAACAGAUGGUACCAAAUCAAAGGGACUUGCAACACCAAGUAAUCUCUCAAUGAAUCAGACACUUGAAGGUCACAGUGGUUCUGUGCAGGUAGUAACUUGGAAUGAACAGUUUCAGAAAUUAACUACUAGUGAUCAGAAUGGACUCAUCAUUGUGUGGAUGCUUUAUAAAGGUGCUUGGUACGAGGAGAUGAUUAACAAUAGAAAUAAAUCUGUUGUCCGAAGCAUGAGCUGGAAUGCUGAUGGACAAAAAAUUUGCAUUGUAUAUGAAGAUGGUGCUGUAAUUGUGGGUUCUGUGGAUGGGAAUCGUAUUUGGGGAAAGGAUUUAAAAGGUACACAACUUAGCCAUGUUGCAUGGUCUCCAGACAGCAAAACUCUGCUGUUUGGAAUGGCAAAUGGAGAAAUACACAUUUAUGAUAAUCAAGGGACUUUUAUGAUGAAAAUGAAAAUGAACUGUUUGGUAAACGUAACAGGAGCAUUCAGCAUUGCUGGAAUACAGUGGUACCCUGGCACAGAGGGCUACGUUGAGCCAGAUUGUCCUUGCCUUGCUAUUUGCUUUGACAAUGGAAGAUGCCAAAUAAUGAGACAUGAAAAUGACCAAAAUCCUAUUUUAAUCGACACCUCCAUGAACGUUGUGUGUAUCCAGUGGAACCACUGUGGGAAUGUGCUGGCUGUUGCUGGCUUCCAGAAGAUAGCUGCUCAAGAUAAAGAUGUAAACCUUGUGCAGUUCUAUACUCCAUUUGGUGAGCAUUUGCGAACACUGAGGGUUCCAGGCAAACAGAUGUCAUCUCUCUCUUGGGAAGGAGGAGGCCUGAAAAUUGGCAUAGCGGUUGAUUCGUCUAUUUAUUUCGCAAAUAUUCGGCCAGACUAUAAGUGGGGUUACUGCUCUAAUACAGUGGUUUACGCAUACGUCCGACCUAAUCGUGCAGAAUAUUGUGUGGUCUUCUGGGACACAAAGAACAAUGAAAAGUAUUUGAAAUAUGUCAAGAGUCUGAUCUCCAUAACAACUUGUGGGGACUUCUGCAUUUUGGCAACAAAAGCUGAUGAAAGUCAACCACAGUAUGUACUGAUUCUCUGCAAUUCCAUUGGUACUCCUUUGGAUCCAAAAUAUAUUGACAUUGCACCGCUGUUUGUUACUAUGACCAAAACUCAAGUGAUAGUGGCUUCGAAGGAAGCAUUUUAUAUCUGGCAAUAUCGUGUCGCCAAGAAGCUGACAGCAAUGGAGAUUAACCAAGUCACACGGACUAGAAAAGAAGGCAGAGAGAGGAUUUGCCAUGUAGAUGACACUUCUUCUGGAGCAGCAGAUGGAAUACUUGACUAUGCUAAAGCCCUUCAGGGAACAAAGGAUCCAAUUUGUGCAAUAACAGCAUCUGAUAAGACCCUUAUUAUUGGACGGGAAUCUGGCACUGUUCAGAGAUACAGUCUUCCCAACGUUGGCUUCAUUCAGACAUAUAGCCUAAACUGUCUGCCCUAUCAACUGUCUUUGAAUUGCAACUCCAGUCGGCUUGCUAUCAUAGAUGUCUUAGGAGUGCUGACUUUCUUUGAUUUGGAUGCACGAAUAGUCGACAGUAAAGGGCAAAAUGUAAUAGGUGAACAACUCAAACUGGAACGCAAAGAUGUUUGGGAUAUGAAAUGGGCCAAGGAUAACCCAGACUUAUUUGCCAUGAUGGAGAAGACAAGAAUGUACGUAUUCAGAAACCUGGAUCCUGAGGAACCUAUUCAAACAUCUGGAUACAUUUGCAACUUCGAAGAUUUGGAAAUUAAAUCCAUUUUAUUGGAUGAAAUAUUGAAGAACCCUGAACAUCCUAAUAAGGACUUCAUCAUUAAUUUUGAGAUCCGAUCCCUUCGAGAUAGUCGAGCAUUUAUUGAAGGAGUAGGGAUUGAAGAGUCUUCUCAGUUCAUAGAAAACAACCCACAUCCAAGGCUUUGGCGUUUGCUGGCUGAAGCAGCUCUCCAGAAGCUAGAUCUUCAAACUGCAGAACAAGCAUUUGUGCGCUACAAAGAUUACCAAGGUAUUAAGUUUGUGAAGCGCCUUGGUAACCUAAAGAGCGAAGCCAUGAAGCAAGCAGAAGUGGCAGCUUACUUUGGUAGAUUCGAAGAAGCCGAAAGGAUGUAUUUGGACAUGGACCGAAGAGAUCUUGCAAUUAGUUUACGGAUCAAACUUGGAGAUGGUUUUCGAGUGCUGCAGCUUUUGAAAACUGGCUCAGGACAUGCAGAUGACAACCUUCUGGAACAAGCCCAUAAUGCAGUUGGAGACUACUUUGCUGAUAGACAGAAAUGGGCAAAUGCAGUUCAAUAUUAUGUGCAAGGCAGAAACCAGGAACGUUUGGCUGAAUGUUACUAUAUGUUAGAAGACUAUCAAGGCCUGGAGGAUUUGGCUAAUUCACUUCCAGAAAACAACAAGUUGCUUUCUGAUAUAGCCCAUAAGUUUGUUACCGUUGGCAUGUGUGAACAAGCUGUCACAGCCUUUCUCAAAUGUAACAAACCAAAGGAUGCAGUUGAUUGCUGUGUGCAUCUCAAUCAGUGGAGGAAAGCUGUUGAACUGGCUAAGCAACACAAUAUGAAAGAGAUUGGUUCCCUGUUAGCGAGAUAUGGAUCUUAUUUACUGGAAAAGAACAAACCUCUUGAUGCUGUUAAGCUGUAUUAUAAAGCCAACUAUUUCUUUGAUGCUGCUAAGCUGAUGUUCAAGAUUGCAGAUGAUGAAGCUAAAAAGAGGACCAAACCUUUACGAGUUAAAAAACUGUAUGUUAUGUCAGCUUUACUUGUUGAACAGUAUCAUGAACAAAUGAAAAACACACAGAAGGGAAAGACAAAAGGGAAGACUUCAGAGGCUACUUCUGCAUUAGCUGGUUUGCUUGAGGAAGAUGUUCUUUCUUCAGACAGUCGCCUAAUUGAUAAUGCUUGGCGAGGAGCCGAGGCGUACCAUUUUUUUAUUCUUGCCCAAAGACAACUCUAUGAAGGCUAUGUAGAUACAGCCAUGAAGACAGCUCUUCAUCUGCGGGAUUAUGAAGACAUUAUUCCUGCAGUAGAGAUCUACUCUCUGUUGGCUGUCUGUGCUUGUGCCAACAGAGCAUUUGGUACCUGUUCAAAAGCUUUUGUAAAACUUGAAUCUUUAGAAACUCUGAGCUCAGAACAAAGGGAGCAGUAUGAAGACCUUGCGCUGCAGAUAUUCACUAAACAUUGUCCUAAAGAUAGCAAGAAGUCCGACUUGGAUGGUCUUCUAGAAGAGGGAGAAGGAAAGGUUCCCACCUGCAUUGCCACAGGAAGGCCCAUCACGGAAUAUCAGUUCUGGAUUUGCAGUGCGUGCAAGCAUUGUGCGCAGGCCCAGGAAAUCAGCAAUUACAACUUUUGCCCUCUCUGCCACAGCUCAGUGGCUUAAUCAUAGGGAAACGUGUAUGCCCAUAUUGGUAUGCAUAGCGAGUGCGAGGUCUGAAAUAGUAGGAAGCCCUAUUAAGGUCAAUACUGGGAGGAAUAAACAUG